CGCACGCACAAAUCGUGAUCGUCGCUGCAUUUGUUUACAAUUGCGUUGCUAUGGCGGUCACUUUAAACACACGUAAAGACGCUGUGCAGAAAUGAGUUCAGUUGAAGUAUUUGCAGCUAACCGCAUGAGGAAAAUGGGCAACAACAACAAUCCUACGAUACAGUGGGGCAUUUUGUCUACGUCGUUAAGGUUAUAACAUAGAACAUGGAACGUCACGGCUUUCAUUCGAGUGAGCAUCGCCGUACCGUAGCCUGGCUCCUGAAAAAGUACGAGGCAGAAAUUUGGUGUAUACUGAAUGAGGUAGCAUCGUUCCAGAAGGAAAUUCGCCUGGUCAGGGCUCAAGCUGCGAAUGUGGUAGCAGUUAACCAAGACCUCCUUCGGCGUCUGAAGCACCAGGUGGAGCAGAGAUUAUCCACAAAUCAGCCCGAGUCCUGCAACAUACGAAAUGAUCUGGAAGAGCAGUUGGAAUCUGCCAUUAAAGCGAAAGACGACACCCUAAAGUUGUAUCAAGAAGCUGUGAAUGAAAUCGAAAAUCUUGAACAACAGCUUGAAGCCAAACAAGGUGCCAUUGAUGUGGACACAUUCGAGGAGGGUGUUUUAGAGCUAAGGAGCGAGUACACCAAGGCUUUAGAAGAGAUAACGAAUGAACUGGAAAGGACACGUAACGACUUACACAAGGCACAGGAUGAGCUUCGUCGUGCUUCCACCAAGGCAUUCAUUCAACAUAGCUCUGUGGGGCAUGCCGAGUGCCAGCUACAGGAGAAGCAAAAAACCUUGGAUGCAAUGCUCCAGAACUUGCAAACUGCACAAGAAAGGCUGCUACAGCUGGAAGAAAGUCAACUGGCAUUGAGAACGAAGCUUGAUCACUCUACGUCAGAAGUAAGCGAUUUGAAGAGCAAGUGCGAGGCACAGUCUAAGGAACUCGAGGACAGCUCUAACAAAAACAAGCUUCUGGAGGAGCGUCUGACAGAAGCUUUGGAGCACGCUGACGCAAGCAUCCGCGCAGCAGAGCAGGCUGUUCUAGAAAAACAACAGGCUGUUCUAAAGCAAGCCCAGGUGGAACAGGAGGCUGAAGAGCUUCAGGCUUCCUUAGCUUGCGUUGUGGAAGAGGCGGCACAGCGGACCAAGAAUGAGAUAGAUAAAGUGCAAGCGAAAAAGGACUCUUGCAUCAAGGACCUUGCACAGCAAAUUGAACAUUUACAAUCGACGCUCUGCGAGAAAGAAUGCGCCUUGGAUCGUCUGUCUCAAGAGAAAAACAACUUAGACAAAGAAAUUGAGAAACUUUCAAGCGACAAUGCGAUGCUACGGGACAAAAUGGAGCCAGUCUACAAGACGUUGAGUCAGUCACUUGUUGAGGCUGAACGAGACCGGGACAAGUAUAAGUUCCAAUUCGAAGCCCAAAAAGCACAACUUGCCGAACUACAAAACAGAUACAUGGUCGAGAUGAAGUCAAAGGAACGCGAAGUUGAACAUCUGGAAACUUCUCUGCGCGAGAUGGACAUGAAGGCGGACGCCUUGAUAGCAUCUCAGAUCGAGCUCCAACGCUCUUCGGCGGAGCACAAACAGAGGGCGCAGAUGUUGGAAGCGGAACUUGUUACACAGAGGAAGCAGCUACAGGAACAGGUAACACUUUUGGAGGAGACGAUGAACCAGCGCGAAGCCGAAAACAUCGGAAGGCUCCAACGUACGAAAGACGAGUGCGAAAAGCGCCUGCUCGACCUUCAAGCCUUGUGGGACGCACAGAUGAAGACAACCGAAAAGUGGAAAAGUGAAGCUGCGAAGCUUUCGAUGGACUUGGAUACAGAAUGCAGACGCACGCAUGCGAAGACGGAUUCACUCAAGAGGACCAACGCAGAACUAAAUAGAAAACUCGAUAAGGAAAAGAAGAAAAGAGCAACAUACAGGAAGGAGUUGCAGAAAGUUGUGGCUGGAAUUCUUCCCCCUUCAGCACCCCUCUAGGGCCCCUCCAUUGCCACUGCUCAUUGUCGUACCUCACCUCUGCAUUGUACCAUAUGCCACAAGCUCGCACGUGACAAACUUCGCGAACUUUACUCAGCAGCGAAGCGCGAUGUCCAACGCCAAAGAACUGGGAGACAGCUAUGGACAACGCACACUCCAAAGACGGAGGUUCCUCGCAUGACAGUCUCCUGGUUAACCAUCAUUCCAAAGGAUAUCGUUCUCUGUGUGGAAAAUGAGAGGUGUACACCUUUUUAUGACACUUUGGGACACAGUAUGCAUUUGUGGACGACUCCGUGCGACACAGUUGUAUUUUGUGGCGAAUUUCACUGGUCAGUCUGGAGCGAGCAACUCAAUCCGCUACAGAGCAACAAAGUGCGGCGCGCUAAAGGAUCCAAUCCGAAUCCACCGGCGAAAAAUCGCGCUCCAUUCAAGAGCCUUGCGAAAGUUGUCACCCACGUCCGGUAAAGUCAGCGAGUCGACCCAAACGCUCGCUGUUGCUCAUCCUCGUAAGGACCGGGAAGUGAUGACGGUGCUUCGGUUGAUGUGAUGUGAAAUGUGAUGUGAUAAGAAAAAAAUGGGGAUGAUGCUUCGUUUGCGUUCCGGAUGAAUCCGAGCUUAUCCGCUCGGGAGCAAAGAAAGCUGUUCCAGAUCUGCAACUGAAAUUCGCUAUGAGCAGACAUGUAUUAUAGGAUGCGUAUAUCAUCCUCGGAACUUGUGAACAUAGACAGGAUUAGGAUAUAUUUUUUUACACUUCUUAAAUUUUAGGAGUACACCUUCAUGGAAGAGCGCACACGCCUCUGUUGCCACUGGAGGGCACUGUGGGCCGCGCGCUCAUUUGUCUUUUGUUUUUGUUUGUCUGUUCUUUGUGGCUAACAUAUUUCCCCGUCCUACAUGACGCCUAAUGUAUAUUCAUGAGCGAUGCAUAAAAUGGUCCUUUA